AACCCUAACCCUAACCCUAACCCUAACCCUAACCCUACACCGAGCACGACUGGAAUCCCGCCACAUACGAAUUUGCAGCUGAAAGCGACGUUCCCCUCAUCGGUUAUGUUACGAGCAAAGCGUUGGCCGAGAGGUUCUGCUGGCAGUAUCAAAAGGACAAUCAUCUCGAAGGCAAGAUGAAUAUUGGUGCGCUUUGCCCACCCAUGAUUCUAGGUGUGUGCGCGCGCCCCCCACGACGCCGUGCUGACGGUACGCGCGCGCCCAACACUGACCGCCGUCAUGCGCGUCAGGACCCUUCUUCCACAACACCGACUCCUCCAAGCUGGGCGAGUCGCUGUUCCAGAUGCGCAAAGUGAUCACGGCAGCCGACGACAAGGCGGACGUUCCACCUCAAGCCUUUCCAGUCUUUGUCGAUGUGCGCGACGUAGCCCUCGCGCACGUUCGAUGUGUCGAGCGCAACGUCAAUUCGCGUUACCUCAUCGCCAAGGGAACUUUCAGCAACCAAUUUGUUGUUGAUCAGGUGCACGAGCACUUUCCUAGCGAGGCGAUCAAGUACAAGCUACCGCGCGGCAAGAAGGGCGAGUAUGCGGAUGAAGACGCAAAAAUCUGCAUCCUAGAACACGACAAGAGCCAGCGCGAGCUAGGCGUGGAUUACACGCACACGCGCAAGGAAACCUUUUACGAGACGAUUCGAGACAUUUUCGAGCAUCUAUAGGGAACUCAUUCAAGCUGGCAUUUGAUCGCACGGAAGCAAUCCUCGAAUGCCUCCUGUGUCGAAUGCUUCUUGCAGCGAUCCAGUUCACCGCUGCAAAGAGCACCGCUCCUCUUUGCCAUCCGGUGAAUUACAGAGUCAAAUGGGCGAACCCCUCGAUCCGCUCUGCCCCUUUGAACGUCGCACGCACGCUGAGAAAUGCAGCCACACUCAUGACUCGGCAACGAUCGACGCACGCCGAGAAAUUCAAAGCGACGUACGUGCAGUCCAACGAGUCUGACAAAUUGUCACGUGUACACCUCUUG